CGGCAAGUGAUACAUUUGAAGGACUCAAAGCACAAACAAGGGCUGUACUAGAAAUGAAAUUGGAGGAGCAUAAAACUAUUGAUGUUGAAAUUGAUAUGAAUGCUCCGAUUAUCAUCAUCCCUAAGAGCUGUACCAAACCAGAUACUGAAGUAAUUGUGCUAGAUUCUGGACAUAUUAGAGUAGAAAGCAAGCUUGUUAGCAAAGCUGAUAAAGAAGAAAUACAUUCCAAGGCUAGGUCAAGCUAUAGUGAGGCUGAUUACAAACGAUUAGAAUCAUUAAUGUAUGAUCGUUUUUCAGUGCAGCUAUCAUCUACACAGCUUCUUGUUGGUCAGUCAGUCGAGCGUUGCCUAGCUCAAAUUCGUGAUUCUGAUCCCAAAUAUGAUCUUCACGUAAUAGACCGAAUAAAUUUGCAAUUUCUUGUUGAAAUGUCAAUUUUACCACGAGCCUAUAACCUCACUAAGUUUCGAGUUUCUGGACAUUUACCACUUUUAAAAACAAAUUUUUCCGACAGAAAAUACAAAAUAAUUAUGAGCAUUAUUGAAACUCCUAAAACAGAAACGCCUGAAAUAAAUUUACCUGAAAAGAUGUCAAUGGCUAAAGCAGCUAACGAACUCCUAAAGGAGACCAAGAGCCCGAAAAGUAGAGGUUUAGAACGUACCAGACAUAUUGACAAUAAUGUGAUUGCUAAGUUAGGUUUGGGUAAAACCCAAGGUUUGAUAUUAAUUGAUAGUGAGAGUAGUGAUGAUGAUGAUGCCCCAGAGGAACGUAAUGAAGAAUUUUUUGAUGCGCAAGAUACAGACGUCUCAAGUACAGCAAAACUAAAUCAAAGAAUAUUUGAAUUUGAAUUCAGAGUGGAUAAAUUUUCAACUACACUUAAAAAAGCGGAUCCAGAUGUUGACAAACCAGAAGUUAUUCUAGUUGAUAUGGUUUUGGAGCAUUUUGGCCUGACUUAUGUACUUCGUCCUUUUGACAUGUCGGCAGAAGUGGUGCUUAAAUCUCUCAGCAUUGAAGACAAAAUGUCUGAUACAGGAUCAGAAUUUAAACAUUUGGUUGCAUCUGAAGGAUAUGGCAAUGCUCAGGCUGAUGAUUCGAAAGAUCUUGUACAUGUCAAAUACACCAGAGUUGACACGAAAUCACCUGAAUAUAUGUCCAAACAUGAAGGAAUUAGUCAAAGUGUUGAUAUCGAGAUGUCGACCAUAAAUAUAAUUGUGACACGUAAAAGUUUAUUGACAUUGUAUAACUUUGUUUUGGACACAUUUACUUCUUCCGCACCGGCCCCCUCACAGUCAAGUGUAGAAACUGAAACGCCUACUCUACCAGAAUCCCAAAACUCACAGGUAUCUCAAGCAUCGACAAUGCGUGUCAAAGUAAGACUCAGUAGUAUAAGAUUCAUUUUAAAUAAUGAUGGAGUCCGGCUCGCAACAGGAUUAUUGUAUCAUGCGGAUGUAGCAGUAUUGUUACGUCAAAAUACUAUUCGUGUCGCUGCUAGACUAGGAAGUUUUUCUCUAUCUGAUGAUAUGGCGGGACCGAAUAGUGAUGAAUCAUUACGACAAUUACUUACAUUGCAAGGAGAAGAUUUGGCUGUUUUUCAUUAUGAAACCUAUGAUGAAUCAGCACCUGGAUUUCCUGGUUAUGAGUCAUCGGUUUCUUUACGUACUGGAUCAGCAAAACUAACUUUUCUUGAGGAACCUAUUCGUCUUUUGCUCGAUUUCGGAAGUAAAUUUGCUCAAAUGAAAGGACUUUAUGAUUCCGCUCGUAGGGCGGCUGUAUCACAAGCUGUACAAUUGCAAGAGAAAGCUUCAAAGUUUCAUUUUGAAAUUAGUAUUCGCUCACCUAUUGUUGUAUUCCCCCACGAUGUUAAUACUAAAGAUAUGGUUAUCGCAAAUCUUGGUGAAUUUUCGGCAUCUAACGAAUUCGAACCAAAAGAUGGAAAUAAUAGUUAUCUUACUCGGAUCACAGCUGAACUCCAAAAAAUUAGUUUGACUUCUAAUUUUAUGACUCCAAAUUCUUCUUCGCCACAAAUUCUCCAAAUUAUUAAUGAUGUAGAUAUUAGUUUUAAAAUUUCAUACGCGGAACAUACUGUAGGUUCAGAAGGGCCCGAUAUGAAGAUAAUCGGCAAUAUGUCAGAUGUUCGAAUGAAUUUAACCGAAAGACAGUACAAGUUCUUGUAUGAUCUUUCAAAUAGUGUUUCUCGAGCGUUUAGCAGCUCAAGCGAGCAGCCUCCUACACCAGCGAGAAAUAAAACGAUUGAUCCUAUUCAAACUCUUCCAAGUAAACCAUCCAACAUUUCCACUACUAAGGAGAUUUCUUCAAAAGUAGAAGUUGAAGGGAAUUCAUGGACAACAAUUAGUCUUGAUUUCGAAGUGAAUCAGAUCUAUUUGGAAAUUUUUACCGAUGAUGGCUCUGAAGAAAAGGCGUUAGAUUCUACAAGUUUGUCGAGAUUUUCACUUAAUCAAACCAAAGUCGAAUAUAAGAUGAAGAGUGAUAAUUCAAUGAAUGCAGAACUUCGAAUUCAAUCUUUCACUUUAAAUGAUACACGUCCAAACAUUAAGAAUGUUUAUCGUGAAAUUUUGCCUGCAGCUAAUGCGGACAAACCACAAUUCGUUAUUGAACUUUCGAUGUCUGGAGAUCCCGAAAAAAACAUUGUUGCUAUUGUUAAAGUUAUCAGUCCUAAAAUAAUUUUAACAUUGGAUCAUUUAUUCGCUACUCGUAACUAUUUCAUGAGUGCUUUUGAGUCACCAACUCCAUCUAACGAGAACGCUACACCAGCUCAGUCUCCUGAUACUUCGCCUCCUUUGAAACCUCCAAGACCUAAAACUUCUCCGACAACAACCCAACCUCCGAUGUUACCACCAAGACCGGUAGCUGCACAGCCAAAACCAACAACCACAUUGAGUUAUCAAGUGGAAAUCGAUUCUGCUGAAAUAAUAUUGUUGGCUAAUCCUCAUCUAGCUAGUAGUGAAGCAAUUGUCCUUUCUGCACAGAAAAUGGUUCUUACACAACAAAACGCAAUGGUACUGAAAGUUGGUAAAGUUGGGAUGUUUUUAUGUCAAAUGGAUAAAAGAGAAUCUACUCUCCUACGAUUCAUUGAUAACUUUGAUAUAUCAUUAACGAUGGAAACUAAAUCCCAAAAACCAGAACAACAACUCACAGACAUUAAUGUUGAUAUUGGUCCCCUCAUUUUGAGGGUGUCUUAUAGAGAUGUCCUUCUUAUUGUAUCCAUUGCUAAUAAAGUUUCAGAACUAUCUUCUCAACCUUCAUCUCCAAUAAAGAAACCUGAACCAAUAGCCGAGACUUCUAUAAAUAAUAUGCAACCCAUUAGCUCACCAUCAAGGACAUUCAAUUAUAAUACUUUAACUAAAAAAGGCAGUAAUUCAUCCAAAACCCGACAAAGUCCGGUUGUGACUAGAGAAUCGCUUAAGGUAAAAUUAAAAUGCGCAAGACUUAUUUUAAUUGGUGACGAACAUGACAUACCAAUGAUCGACGGCAGUUGUGACAAAGUUGAUAUCGAGAUUGUAGAUUGGUCGUCACAGCUUAGCGUUGAUGUCGCUGUUUCCACUUAUGUUAAUUAUUUUAAUCUUACCAAUUCGCAUUGGGAACCAUUGAUUGAGCCUUGGCAAUAUAAUGUUCAUGCUUUAAAACAAACGGUUCCAGAAAGUAUGGUAAUUGAUAUUACUUCAUUAAAAAGAUUAGAAGUAAAUAUUACCCAUAUUUUCCUGGAAACUAUGCUGACUACUCUUUCAAUAAUUAACCAAGUAUCUGAGCAUUUAUCGACCACUGCUAGGGGCUCCAGAGCACCAUAUAUAUUGAGGAAUAAAACUGGUUAUAAUAUGAACGUUUGGGCAAUUUCAUCUGAUGAUGCUAAGGACACUGAAUUAAAAGUAAUGAAUGAUGGUCAGGAAUUAGAUUGGAGGUUUGAUGAUUGGCGUAAAAUGCGUGAGUCGAUGGCUGUGACAAAAAACAUGCUCGGAAUUCAAUUUGAAGGUUCCAAUUGGGAAUGUAUUAAAGAUAUUCCUGUAGAUAGAGAAGGAGAGAAUAGUUAUAUUUUACGUCCCAAAUUAAAUGAGAUUUAUCACAGAUUGGUGGUUGAUGUAAAACUAGAGGAUAAUAUUAAGGUUGUUACUUUCCGAUCGGCACUUGUCGUUGAGAACCGUACAAACUUGACUGUAGAAUUAUUAGUUGUUGAUAAUUCUGGCAAUCAUGUAUCAAAAGUUUAUCAAAUAGGAUCUGGAGAGGAUUGCCCAAUUCCAAUCGAAGCCGCAUAUUAUCAUAGAUUCAAAAUUAGGCCUGAGGGCGGGUUUGGAUAUAAUUGGAGCCUCCAGAGUCUCUACUGGAAAGAUUUCUUGAAAAAGGAUCCUGUAACUUCAGUUUCAUGCCAUCCUAUUCAGGAUAAUGUCCCAUUUCGUCUAAAUGCGCCGAUUCAAGUCGAAAAUUUGUUACCUUACGAUAUUAUGUUUCGAAUAAAUGAUAAUACUAUCAAGCAAGAUUUGCCAGGAAAUCGGCUAGAAAAGGGACAAGUCACUUCGCUUCAUCUUAUUGAAUUAGACCACUUAUUAUUGUUGAAGAUAGAAAAGAUAAUAAAUACAGCUUUCAAGGAAUCCGAUUGGGCUAUUAUUAAUUCACCAAAUAAGUCUGAGUAUCAAGUUGAAAAGACAAUGCCUAUCACAGAUGAUAAAAAUUUGAAAUUAAAUCUUCGUAUACAUUACUAUGAGAUCCCUGAUUCUGGAGGCGCGUUUAAGUUCAGUAUUUAUAGUCCUUACGUGAUGAUAAACAAAACUGGUUUGGAUAUGGCCUUUAGAUCAAAAUCUCUAUUUCAAUCCGCCAAGGAUGCAGCCGGUCAAGGAUUCGUAUCAAGCAAGGAGAAAAGUCCACAAGUAGCGCCAUAUAUGUUUUCUUACGCCGAUGAUAGUAAUCAAAAUCGCGCUCUUUUGAAAGUAGGAGACUCAGAAUGGAGUAGGCCUCAAAGCUUUGAGGCUGUUGGAACAUUCUUAGAAGUUGUGAUUCCAUCAACUUCAAAUGCGGAAGAAAUUCACUUGGGCGUGAGCGUCCAAGAAGGUCAUCAAAAAUAUAAAUUGACAAAAAUAGUUACAUUCACACCACGAUUUAUUAUAAAAAACAAUCUAAAUGAAGACAUUAUUUUCCGCGAGCCAGAAUUAAAAGGAGAAAUAUGUGUUAAAUCCAAGGAUCGAGUGCCACUUCAUUUCUUAAAGCACGAUGCGGCUAGACAAUUGGUAAUACGUUACCACAAUUCAACUUCAUGGUCUGCUCCGAUAAAUAUCGAUGAACUUGGAAGAGUUCACCUUAAGUUAGAAAAAUCUGAUCAUGAACUUGAUUUAAUUCGAACUGAAAUCUUACUUGAAGACGCCACCAUAUUUGUAAUAUUCAACAAAGAAGAAGGAAUAUGGCCUUUUAGAGUCGAAAAUUAUUCUGAUGUAGUAGUAGUCUUCUACCAACAGGAGCCGAGUCGCCGUGAAAGUACACAGCCAUCUUCACCCAAAAAGUUUACUCUCGAACCCAAAAAUGCUUCUCCAUAUUCAUGGGAUUAUCCGGCUCUUAAAGAAAAGAGAUUGGUGUUAAAGGUUAACAACAAUGAGCGAGUAGUUAACAUUCAAGAAAUCGGGUCACUUGUGCCAUUUAAAUGCUCUUCUAAUGGUGGAAGUCACAUUUUGGCUAUUGAAGUUGUGGCGGAUGGUCCUACACAGGUCUUACUGCUUUCAAAUUACAAUCAAUCUGAAAGUUUGUAUAGGCCGAAGGCAUCAUCAAUUUCUUCAUCAUCAAGUAGCGAUAACUCUAGUCGAGAUGCCUUUGAAGUG